AUGACGGUUGAUAUUUUAGAACUACCACCUUUUUUAAUACAGAAUAUUUUUGAAAAUAUAUAUAACUCCCAAGCCAAUAAAGGAUAUAAAAUAAUAUUGUUGUUAAGCCUUUCAAAUUAUCCAGUUCUUUCUUGGGUAUCUAACAAAUUAUUGUUUAAACAAGUUACUUUCAAUCUUUUUAAAACUCUUAAAAAGACUUCUUUGGAGAACAAGGGAUUGCAGAUUUCCUUGGACCAUUUAGAAGUUUUUAAAAGUCGGUUGUUAUUAUUCACUAAACAGGUAAAUUUAAAUAUUAGUGCAGACUCUGAUAAAAGUGACUAUGAUAGUCUGAUUAGAAAUUUUAAUGAAUUGGAAACAAUUAUUCGAAAGAAUAAUAUUACAACUAGACAAAACUUUCACAAUGCCUCUGUUUCACAAAUUAAAGGUUUGAUUGAAAAAGAAGAAAAGUUCAAUAGCAAAAAUUGCAGGUUGAGGCAAAUUAAUAAUGGUAUUGUGUGUGAACAUUUUGACAAUGAUUUCCAUCAAAAAAAUUGCCUUUCUAAAAAUAAUUCAUGUCAAUUAAAUUAUUCAUACUUUCCAUUUUUAUCUGGUCGUGAUCGUCCUGUUAGUUCGACUAGAGCUCAUACCGGAAAUAACAGCACUAUUAAUACAAAUAAUGACAACCCAAAUAGUAAUGAAUCUUACUAUUGUUUGAAAACCUUUACAACCAAAAUAUUGAAUAAUACACUCAACUUGAAAAGAUUGACUUUGGUGGGAAUGAAUUUAAAAAAUAUAAAAGAUUUGAAGUAUUCCAGUUCAAAGUUAAAUAUGACAUUGAACUAUUUAAAUUUAUCAUCAAAUGAGUUAACUAGUCUUGGUGGUCUUCAAGGUUUUAUUAAUUUAAAAACCCUUGUUGUGAAAAACAACAAAUUAAGUGACAUUUCUAGUGUGGGACAUUUAAUUAAUUUGAGGAUACUAAACCUAUCAAACAACUUCAAUUUGAAAAAAAUUGACAAUGGAUUUAUGAAUUUGAUUAAAUUAAAGAGAUUUAUUGUGAAAGGGUACAAUCAAAUUGUGAAUUUGGAGAAUCUAGAAAAUUUAAAAAGGCUUGAAGUUUUAAUAAUUAACUGCUCCAAUAUCAAAAAUAUUAAAAAUUUGAACAAUCUAACCAGACUCAAAGUAUUAGACUUAUCAUUCAAUUGUUCUAUUAGGAAAAUAGAAAAUAUUGAUUCUUUGAAUGGUUUAGAAAGGUUGAGUUUAUAUCGAUGCAAAAUCAGUAAAAUUGAAAAUUUGGAUAAGUUACGGCGAUUGGAGUAUUUGGAUCUUGGAGGAAACAAUAUCAGGGAAGUGGUUGAAUUGGAUAGAUUGACAUCAUUGAGAGAGUUGUAUCUUGAUAAAAACGAUUUUGAAGCUAUUACCUUAGCUUUGUUAGCAUCAACUGCUCAAUGUGACAGAACAUUUUCAUUAGUUGCGGAUGGCGAUGAUUUUUCAAGUGUGCCAGUAGUUUAUAAUGAGGGCACUUCUUCCUACUUGCGCCUCAAAGAUGAUUCUGGUGAAGCUGUAUCUUUUAUUUUAUAUGAGCCAUCCGGCUACCUAGCUCUUUUGUCCGACACUUCCAAGUCUGUUUCUGCUGAUGCUGAUGGGUUACACAUUGAGGACCGAAGCAGCGCAUCAAAGGACUUUGGUCUUAAUGAAGAAGGAAACUUGAGAUUCACUGCUUCCUUCCAAGGGUUCUGGGCUUGUGAAAACGACGAUGGAACAUUCAAUAUAGCCAACUGGCAAUGCUCCUCAAAUGCUGUUGCUUUGGUUCCAGUGGGUAUUUCCGAAAGCAGUUCUUCUGGUUCUUCUGCAGUAGCUGCUGAUUCUUCUUCUACCUUUCUGACUUCUUUUGUUUCGUCUUUCUCUGAAGUGAACUCCGUUUCUUCUGUCGUUUCUUCCGUUGCUUCUUCGGUGGCUUCCUCCAUUGCUCCUUCAGUAGCCUCUUCCUCUGUUUCUUCCGCUGCUUCUUCCGUCGGUUCUUCUUACGUUUCUUCCGGCACUGAUUCCCACGUUUCUUCCACCUUCCACUUCUCUGCUUCCCAUUUUUCCGAGUCCUCUUUUGUUCCAGCUAACUCUUCCUCUUCUCACUCUGUUGCUGAAAACUCCAUCAAUGCUGCCACCUCUGUGGGUGCAACUGCCUUAUCUCUUUUUUUUGCUGCUGCCGUGGCUUUAUUUUAG